AUGGAUAAAUAUAUAAAUAUUGCCUCUCAAUUAAAUUGUGAUUUUUCUACAAAUUGUUUAUGGGCAAAUGCCCCUUCUGAUGGAUUACUAGAUAAUAGCGAUUUUUAUCUUUUCCAAAAGAAUAACGACAAAUCAUUUCCUAUACAAGUUGGACCUGGAAAUUCUCAUCCAGAAAUUGGUACUUACUUUGCUUUUGCUGGGAAUUUAACAAAAGAUCCAAAUCACGCAACUUUAAUAAGUGCCCCAAUAGCCUGUCAAAGCACAACAGGAAUUCUCUCAUUUGAAUAUUGGCUAUAUAAUAAUGCAAGAAUUGAAGUUAUUGUACUUAAAGUUAAUCCGACUCGAGGACAUUUAACAGUAAUUGAACGUCCAAUAACUGACUGUCAUUAUUUAAAACCAAACGGUCUUUGCCAAGUUGAAAUUAAAAGACAACCACAACCAUUUAGAUUAGCAUUAAGAGGAUUUAAAUUGAAUGAUCAAACAAUUGGUUCUUUUGUUUUGUUGACAAAAAUUAAAUAUGAGGCUAAUUUAUAUAAACCCCCGAUAUUUGAUGCAAUACAGACAUCUAGAUGGGUACAUCAAAGAAAACCAAUAAUAACAACUUCUGAUUUAAAUUGUGGAAAUGAAGAGGGAAAUGAAGAAUUAUUUCAAGAAUGUCUCUGGUUUGAUUUUUCAAAAACAGCAAGUUCCAGUGUUUCCCAUACAGCACACUGGUCUAUUGGAGAAAAAACAUAUUUAUGGGAGCAAAUAGUCAGAACGCCUUCCAAACCUUCUGGCCAAUUUUAUUUUCAAUUUAUCGACCCAAUUGCCGAAUUUCCCCUUCCACAAUUACGUUCUGUACUUGUUCCGUGUACUCAAAGUCCUUCAACUCUUAGUUUUAAAUUCUGGUUAAGUCCUGGAGUUCAAGCACAAAUAUGCACUUUGGGGACAGAUAAUGUAGCUUUAUCUUGUGUUUAUCUUAAUGAAGCUGAUGUUCCUGGCCCACUCACAGUAGAUAUUGAUACAGCUGACCAUCAACCUUUUAGGUUUGCAUUUAAUGUUCUUCGAGUAGACAGAGAAGCAAAUGGGGGAGGGGCUGUAAUUGCUUUGGAUGAAAUUAAAUAUAAUGGUUAGUUACUUAAACUU